AUGAAAAUUCCCCCUGGUCUUGAUGUCUGCUCUGCCUCUUCUUCAGCUCCUCUAGUCUGCAAACUCAAGAAAUCUCUAUAUGGCCUUAGGCAGGCUUCCAGACAAUGGUUUUCAAAAUUGUCUGAAGCCUUACUCUCAAGGGGCUACAUCUCUAGUCUCAAUGACUACUCUCUCUUCACCAAAUUCUCCUCUGGUUCUCUAGUGGUUAUGGCUGUCUAUGUUGAUGAUAUACUAUUGGCUGGUGAUGACCUUGCUGAAAUGCAAUCUCUGACGUCCUUUUUGGAUGAUCAAUUCAAGAUUAAGGACUUGGGUUCAGUCCACUAUUUCUUAGGCUUGGAGAUUUCCAAGACUCCUCAGGGUUAUGUCAUGAGUCAACACAAAUAUACUUCUGACCUUCUAGCUGAGUUCAAAUGCAAUCAUUUUUCUGCUGUUUUGACUCCUUUAGACCCUCCUGUCAAGCUGACCAUGGACAUGGGUGAUCCACUGCCUGAUCCUAGCUUGUAUAGAAGGCUAAUUGGCAAACUCAACUUCCUGCAGCACAUUAGGCCUGACAUCUCCUUUUCUGUACAACAUUUAAGCCAAUUUCUUCAGAAGCCUCAUGUUCCCCACAUGAUGGCUGGUUUACAUGUUCUUAGAUAUCUGUUGGCUGCUCCUUCUCAGGGUGUGCUCCUCUCCAAUUCUCCUGAUUUAUCUCUUAUUGCUUACUCUGACUCUGAUUGGGCAUCUUGGGCUAUCUCUCGCAAAUCAGUGACUGCUGAAUACAGGGCUUUAAGGAAGGUUACUGCUGAAGUUUCUUGGCUUGUCAUACUACUUGGGGAUCUUGGUCUACAUGUUGGUUCUCCUGUCCCAGUUCAUUGUGAUAGUCAGGCUGCCCUUCACAUUGCCAAAAAUUCAGUUUUUCAUGAGCGUACGAAGCAUAUUGAGAUUGAUUGCCACUAUGUUCGUGAGUGUUUGAAUUCUGGCUUAUCUCUUUACAUUUUGUUUCUAGUACUAACCAGUUGGCUGAUAUUAUGA